CUGUCAAAGCCCAACGGCGAGACUUCUAAAGGCCUCUUACAAACUGACUUAAUAUCAUCUCAUUUAGGACCAAGGAAUUUUAAAGAGGCAGUCAAAAUGAAGGGUGACAUUGCCGCGAAUUGAAUCUCCAAAGCAGCGUAGAAAUCGAAUUCUCGAUCUCUUGUACAAGAGUAAGAGGUGGUAAUAAUCUCUAUUGUUACACAGCAAAAAUAUUCUGAAGUAAUCCGGCUCCCCCUGAUCAGGCAGGGGGACGAAUAGUACACACUGCACGUCUUCUCACAUGAGCUUGUCCGCCCAUGCUGUGUUACAUGUAUCAUACCUGUACGCUACGUAGGAGCUGUCCGAAUCCAUCAGCAAAAGUAUAGGGUCCAGAGUAGCUUGAUCUGUUGAAAGCCUCCGUAUUGCAUCUCCAGAGCUUCCUUCUUCCCUCAUCAUUCCAACUAUUCUUUCCCUGACAUCCAUUCUCUUUCUCUCUUUGGAAUCUCUCAACUCCUUCCUUUUAUCCCUGCUCCCAGAUUUCCUCUUCCACCUCACCUCCAUCACCUGAGAACCAGUCGCAGCUCGUUCCCACAUUCCAUAGAUCUCAACUCCUGCUCUUUUGCGUCCAUGCUACAUCGAUGCAAAGGCUAUCUAGACGUCCGAGCCUUGACCCUUUACAAAGGAUUCCAUUCAAUCCCCAGAGCCCAAAAUCGCGUCUUUUUAACUGCUGAAUUCCGUGAUCUUAGCGAUGAUGCCAUAUCGGGGUUCAAGGGCUUGUCGAAACCCAAUACAUUCCGAUGGAAUUCAGUCAUAAGAGCCCAUGUCGAAGCAGGGUUCUUUGAUGCAGCUCUCUCCCUCUUCUCUGCUAUGCGCGAGGCGGGUGCUCGGCCCGAUCACUACACAUUUCCUCUUGUCAACCGUGCCAUCUCAUCCCGCACGGAGCACUUUAAACUCGGGGAAGCAAUCCACUGCCUUGGAAUUCAAACAGGUUUUGACAGAGAUGUCUAUUUCUGCAAUACAAUGAUAGAAGUGUAUGUGAGGAGCGAUUGUAUCGGCUUAGCUCGCCGGCUGUUUGAUGAAAUGCUUGUUAGAGAUGUAGUUUCUUGGACCUCCAUGAUCUCAGGUCACAUUCAGAUUGGAGACACUCGUGAACAAUUUCGGCUAUUCCGCAAAAUGCAGAGGGAGGGUUUGGAGCCCAGUUCGGUGACACUAGCAGUCAUACUACGAGCAUGUGGUGUCGUGAAAGAUGUGGUUGGAGGGAUUCAAUUGUUUGGCUAUGUAAUUAAGAAAGGAUUUGAAAGUCAUGAGUUGGUACAGAAUUCAGUCUUGGUGGUGUUCAGCAAAGCUGGUUGUUUCAAAGAGAUGAAGGAACUCUUUAGUAGGAUUCAGAUGAAGAGUGUUGUUUCUUGGAAUAUUAUAAUGUCGGCGUAUUACUCAAUGGGUGAUGUUUCCCAAGUAGUUCAUUGCUAUGAAAAGAUGAAGACUGAGCUGAUUCCGAGCCACGAGACACUUACUUUGGUUAUCUCAGCAUUUGCCAAGUGUGGGGACCUUCACCAAGGCCAGAAGGUACAGUGUUAUGCACUGAAAAGUGGGCAAAUAGACGUGGUCUUGGAAGCUUCUCUUGUGGAUUUUUUUGCCAAAUGUGGAGAAUUGGCAUUGGCUAUCCAGUUGUUCGAAGAGAUUGAAAUGAAGAACAGCACUUCAUGGAGUGUCAUGAUGUGGGGUUUUAUCCAACAUGACCAGUUCAGAGAUGCUAUUGAUCUGUUUCAAAGAAUGCAAAGUUCUGGUUUUGAACCGAGUGCUGAUGUUUUACAGGGCUUAGUUCUCUCAUAUACACAUUUAGGUGCUUUGGGAUUAGGUAGAGGAAUUCAUGGGUACUUGAUGAGGAACAAGUUUGGCAUCGACUCAGAUGACAAAAACUUGGAAACAUCCAUCCUUAACAUGUAUGCAAAGUGUGGAAGCAUCGUCUUAGCACAAAGGUGUUUUGAUAUUAUGGUUCUCAAGGAUACUGUAGCAUGGAGUUCGAUGAUCGAGGGAUAUGCAGUCCAUGGGCUCGGAUCAGAAGCGUUGAGAUUAUUCCACCAAAUGCAAAAGGAAGGAAUCACACCAAAUGGUGUUACGUUUCUGAGCUUGCUAUCUGCUUGCAGCCACUCAGGACUUGUGAGCGAAGGGAAUGAGGUGUUUGAUUGCAUGACCAGAAAUUAUGGGAUCAAGCCUGAUUUAAGCCACUACACUUGUAUGGUGGAUUUGCUUGGCCGAUCAGGGAAGCUUCAUGAAGCUUUGGAGGUAAUUAACUCCAUGGAUGCGGAACCUGAUGGUCGAAUUUGGGGUUCUCUGCUUGCCUCCUGCAGGACAUAUUCAGAUGGUAAACUUGGCAACUACGCAGCCCAAAAAAUUUUUGAUUUAGAACCAGACAAUGUCGGUUAUCAUGUUGUGCUGAGCAACAUCCAUGCUACCACUGGUAAAUGGGAUGUUACCAAAAAUAUUCGGAAGUUUAUGGGUGAAAAAGGUUUUGUAAGGAGACCUGGCUGGAGUUGCAUAGAAGAAAAGGGUGGGCUUCAGAUGUUUGUUGCUGGGGAUAGAUCACACCCUCAAGCAGGCGAGAUCUAUGAGGCCUUGGGAUGUCUGUCUAAGUGUAUGGAAGAAAUACAUGCUUUUGAAACAUCUUGGAUGGGUUGGGGUUGUAUCUUUACCACAAAAGAAUGAUUGAUCUUCUUUCAUAAUGUUGACAGGUGGAUCGCAUCUCACAUAGAUCUCAAAGCACUCUGAAUUCUAGCAUAGCAGUCUCAUUCAUCCUCCUACACAGAUCUUGAAGCGGCCAUUGUGUGAUCCAAUGGUGGAUUUGUGCAAGAAAGGUGAAUUCUUCUUUCGUAUGAAAGAUACAGCUGCUGUCCAUCUUGGAUUGAAAUGCCAGAAUGCUCGGAAGACAAAUUGGGGAGGAACCAAAAUGCAUGUAUGACAGAACAAACACCUUGUGUACAAUUUUUAUUGGCAGCAACAAUCAUUAAAAAAGGAAAAAGGAAAAUUGACAUGCCACAUAUUUAGUGACAUGUACCUUGUUUUA